AUGCGGGACUACGAGGCACGCAGGGCGGCGGGCAGCAUCGAGGUGGUCCACAAGGAGAAGAGCUUCUAUGAGGAUGAAGCAGAGUUGGAGAAGUUCAUUGAGGAGGCACAAUUGGAGUGCGAUGCAGAAACGGGGGAGUGCCGUCUGGUGGAGAGCGGAAUAGCCCUCACCCAGUGGUGGCAGCCCAUUCCAGGCCUGCUGUCCAUCCCCAUCUCGGUGUUUCUUGUGCACCAGGAGGGCAAGUGGGCGCUGGUGGAUGCGGGGGUGCUGGGCACGCCUCGCCACCCUCACGCUCAGCAGCUGCUGGCGGCGCUCCAUGAGACCAUCCCAGCGGCAGAACAACUGGCAGCAAUCAUUGUAUCUCACCACCACCCUGACCAUGUGGGCGCGCUGCCGCUGCUGCUGGGAGCCUACCCAGAGGCCAGGGUGGUGUUCCACGAGUAUGAGGCGCCCUUCCUUGUGCCCGCUGCUCGGGCAGUUGUUCUGGAGGAGCCGCUGCUCGAGCUUAGCCAGAUUGGAUUUGAUGAACUCACCUACAUCAUCAGCUUUGGCCACUCCCCUGGGCACAUCAGCCUGCUGCACAGCCCCUCCAGCACGGUGCUGGCAGGAGACGCGCUCUCCUUCGUCAAGCCUUCGCUGCGCCUCAACAGCCCGGCGGAUGCCAAUGACACGCGGGUGGUGGGCACCUGGAGGGUGUCGCCAUCCUUGCCGGGACUCACGCUGCGGGCAUGGCCGCACGUCUUGUGCGUCGGCUCCAGGCUGCAGGGCGAUAUGCAGGCGCUGUCAGCCUCCAUGCCAGGCUGCGUACAGCUGGCCAAAGAGGCGGCCGAGUCGGCAAUGGGGCAGGCAGCGGUGGAUGCAGGCGUGGCGGUUGGGGAGGAUGAGGAGGACGACGAGUACGAGUGA